AUGGAUUCUGGUAAACCAAAUAAAUCGGUGAAGGAUUCAACCUCUAAGGAUCGCCGACAGAAACCAAAAGCUUCUGCCCCCGAAAUAUCAGCGAACGUGGAUGCUAUGUUGGCCGCUGAAAUCGACAAGUUGGCGAACGUCUCGACGAAAGCGAAGUCUAUAGUGUCCAAUUCAUCGUGCAAAUCGGCACUAUCGCUGAAGCUGCAGAUGCAGAAAGUGUUGGCCGAAGAAACAUUGAUGCUUGAGGAGAUGAAGCGACGACGGGAGUUCAUGAAGAAAAAGUUCGAGCUGAUGGAGGAAAUUGCUGAGGUACAAAGCUGUCCAGUACCAGGGGCCCGAACAACAGAUCCUUUAACGAAGGUGAAAGGUUGGCUCCAGAAGCAGCGUCAAGCCGAAAAUGAAUCAGUAGCGGCGGAUGACGAUGAGCACGAUAGCGACGAUGAUACGGAGGACAACAUGGACGACGACGAGGAUGACGACGCCGGAGAUACCGAAUCAAGCUCGGAGUAUGCGGCCGAUGAAGAAGGUGACAACUCGUCGGGCGAAACGGAACCGGAAAGCGUCGAUAGCGAAGACGGUUCUAGCUCAGCAGACGAGUCAUACCACGAGCGAGGUGAUGAACACCAUGAGGAAAGAUUUUCUCCUAGGGAACGUUCAACUCCGGUACAAGUGAGGGCUUCCAGAACGUCAAAUCGGGUGAAGCAUUCCCGGUCUAGUGCCACGCUUUCCCGCGACCAGAUUGCGGCACGUCAGGUUGUGCCAUGUGAUCUCCCGAAGUUUGGCGGCAGCCCAGAGGAAUGGCCGAUGUUCAUAUCGACAUUCGAAAGUACGACGAGAAUGUGUGGCUACAAGGACGAGGAGAAUAUGAUCCGCCUUCGAAACUGUUUAAAAGACGAAGCGUUUGCCUCUGUGCGGAGCUUUCUGAUGCAUCCGUCGAUGGUAUCGAAAGCGAUUGGCGUCCUGAAACUUAGGUUUGGUCAACCGCAUAUGAUCAUCAGUACGUUGCGCGAGAAGGUGCUAGCUACGCCACCGAUUAGAACUGAUUCGAUCGAAAAGCUAGUAGACUAUGCACUUGCCGUACAGAACUUGUGUUCGACUAUCGAUGCUUGUGGGCGGAAGGAGUAUAUGCGGGAUGCGACUCUGAUGCAAGAACUCGUUUGCAAGCUUCCCUCCGCUAUUAAACUGGAUUGGGCGAGGCACAGCAAAACACUAGCGAAGGUAACCCUAUCAACCUUCUCCGAUUGGAUUUUCUCGAUUGCGGAAGAUGCAAGCAUCGUAGCAAACCCUCGAAAGUCCCACAGCUACGAGCAGGUGCCACGCAAUAAGCGCCAAGGAAAGGUUUUCGUCAACACUCACGUUGAAUCUUCUCCAUCGGUAGCGGGUGGCCAAAAGGUUACUGGCAAUCGGCCGAACGUCGUUUCUAGCGGCAAAACCUCAAUGGCAGGACCGACCAUAUGCCCUACUUGCAAGGGCAGCUGUCGAACUGCAGCGAAGUGUAAACGUUUCCUCGAUCUCUCCUAUGAAGCAAAAUGGGCAGCAGUUCGCGAGUUCAGAAUAUGCCGUCGUUGCCUACGACAGCAUGGAGGUAACUGCAACAGCAAGCCGUGUGGAGUCAACGGGUGUACAUUCAAGCAUAAUUCACUUUUGCACAAGAGCCUCGUUGCACCAGUUGAAGUCACAGGCAGCCCGGGUUGCCCUAACCCGGCCAAGGCGAAUGAAGAACGCAGUAUCAACACACACCGCGUCGAAACUGGCCUAGAACUGUUCCGGUACAUCCCUGUAACGUUGUUUGGGCCGACGAAGCAAGUGGAGUGCUACGCUUUUCUUGAUGAUGGAUCCGAGCUGACGUUGUUGGAUGAGCAGAUCGCCAAGGAUUUGGAUUUGAUCGGUGGUGCGAAGCCGUUGUGUUUGAAGUGGACUGGAGGAACUCACCGCUUCGAGGAGAAGUCAAGAUGUGUGGACAUAGGAAUUUCCGGAUCGGCAGGAAGAAGAUUUGAGCUAAGCGGAGUGCGGACGGUUGAAGCGCUUGAGCUACCAUAUCAAAGCUUGAACGUCGAGGUACUUCAGGAGAAGUAUAAGCAUCUGCGCAGUAUCCCAGUGGAGUCGUAUAAUCGUGUCCAACCAAGGAUCCUAAUAGGAGUCAAGCAUGCCAAUGUUUCGUUGGUAAGACGGUGCCGAGAGGGAAAGGAAGGCGAGCCCAUCGCCGUGAAGACCCAUCUGGGGUGGACGAUCUUCGGAGGUUGGUCGAAGCAAGAAUCGAGCAACGGCGGGAGCCAUAUCUAUCACAUUUGUGCGUGCAACCUACAGAAUGAUGAACAACUGCACCUGGCAGUGAAGCAGUACUUCAGCCUGGAUAGCCUGGGAAUAAUGAUGCCAGUUGCGGCCUCAGUAUCUAGAGACGACGAGAGGGCCUUGAUGUUGCUCAGCUCGCUCACGCAGGUCACCGGCAAUAGAUACGAAACCGGACUGCUCUGGCGUUCCGAUAAUAUUCGCCUUCCGGACAGCCGGCCAAUGGCCUUACAGCGGCUCAAGUGUCUAGAAAGGCGUCUAGCCAAAAAUGCCGAUCUGAAGCUGACCUACGAUGGGAAACUAGCAGAAUACAAAACGAAAGGGUACAUUAGGAAGGUAACCCAGAAGGAGAUAGAGCAAAACAAAGGUCACUCUUGGUACCUUCCCACGUUUCCGGUUAUAAAUCCCAACAAGCCAGGAAAGAUCCGUAUUGUAUGGGAUGCAGCAGCAACCGCACAUGGAGUAAGUCUCAACUCUAUGCUGCUUACGGGUCCAGACUUGUUAAGCUCGUUGGUGGCCGUCCUGAACCAAUUUCGGGAAAACCGCAUAGGCAUUUGUGGAGACAUUCGCGAAAUGUUUCUCCAGAUGGGAAUACGUCGAGAGGACCAGUUCUACCAGCUGUUUCUAUGGAACGACAACGUGAAUCAGGAAGAACCCAGCACGUACGUUGUCCCCGUAAUGGUCUUUGGGGCCCGGUCAUCGCCAACUACAGCGCAAUUCGUUAAAAACCAGAAUGCUCAGAGGUUCCGUGCCGAUUUCCCCGUGGCAGUUGAAGUCAUUGAAAAAAAGCACUAUGUGGACGACAUGCUUGUCAGCACCGAAACGGAAGAUGAAGCCAUCGACCUGGCAAAGUCGGUGAAACACGUUCAUGCUCAAGGCGGCUUUGAUAUAAGGAACUGGGUUUCUAAUUCCGCCAAAGUUUUGAACGCGCUGAACGAAAGCCCGACGAGUGAGAAGUCCCUAAACCUUGCAGCCGACAUUGCGACGGAGAAAGUCUUGGGGAUGUGGUGGAACACCUCAACCGACUGCUUCACCUUUAAGAUCUGCUGGACCAGGUUUGACGCAGUAUUGUUUGACGGAAGCAGAGCGCCUACCAAACGUGAACUUCUUCGGAUCCUGAUGAGUAUCUUUGAUCCGUUGGGACUCAUUGCGCAAUUCCUAAUGAUCCUCAAGGUUACACUCCAAGAAGUAUGGCGUAAGGGACUGAAAUGGGACGACCAGAUAGAAGGCAAGCAGCUCGACGAUUGGCAGACGUGGACAAAAUUGCUACCGAAGCUGGAGGAACUCCAAAUACCUCGAUGUUACCGCCAGAUCACAACAACUGGAGCCCAGAUUCAAAUGCACACAUUCGUGGACGCUGGAGAUAAAGGGAUGGCUGCAGUCGUGUAUCUACGGUUCGAAGAAAAUGGAAUCAUCGAAUGUGCUUUAGUCGGGGCGAAAACACGGGUUGCACCAUUGAAGUAUCUGUCAACGCCGCGUUCGGAACUCCAGGCUGCUGUCAUCGGAGCGAGAUUAUCCAACAGCACUAUGAAGUCAUUGUCUCUUUCAGUGUCGCAGCGCUUCUUCUGGUGCGACUCACGUAACGUACUGUGCUGGUUACGUUCCGAUCACCGUCGUUACAGCCAGUAUGUUGCGGCGAGAACGAGUGAAGUUCUAGACACUACGGAAGUUAACGAAUGGAACUGGAUCAAAUCGGAGUGGAACGUAGCAGAUGAUGGCACGAAAUGGACCGGGCAGGUGCAGAUGAAGUCCGACGAUCGCUGGUUUCUAGGGCCGGCAUUUUUGCAGAAAGCGGAGCGAGAUUGGCCUGUUAUUCCGUACAACCAAGAAACUACGACCGAAGAGCUUCGUACCAGUGUUCUGGUGCACAGGAAAGUUCGGGAUCCAGUGGUUGUGGCUAGUGACUACUCUAGCUGGAAUCGUCUGCUAAAAGUUACGGCUUAUGUACAGCGAUUCGUGUACAAUCUACAAGCGAAACGACAGGGAUUAGUUUCACAUCAAGGACCAUUGUCUAGUGAAGAAUUGUGA